AUGCUAGAUCAUCUACCCCAAGACUACGACGCCACGAGGUACCGACACUGGAUCAACGUCCAUGGUGCUGGUGAUGCUAAUACUUCUGGUGGUACUAAGUAUUACUGCUUUACCAUCAUGACUUACAACCUCCUCUCGCAACACUACAUCUGGAACCAGGUUUACGGCUAUUUGGACCAGAACUUCCUCAGCUGGUCUGAUUACAGGUUCCCGUUGAUCAACAAAACUAUAUCCCAGUUCCAGUGUGACAUCAUGUGUUUCCAGGAGAUGGAGUGUUCAGUGUACAACUCCUAUUGGUCAGUCGGUUUCCCAAGUCCCAACUACUCCAGCUUCUAUAUGAAGAAACUGCUUCCAAAGUAUUGGGCUGAUCGUCCUAACGAGCACAUCGAUGGUGUUGGUAUUUUCAUUAACACCAACAGGUUCACAGUAUUAGACAAGACUAUGGUCAACAUUGGCGAAUACGUCAAAAACAGGCCGCAACAGUACACUAUGACUAAUGACAUGGUUACACGGUUGGUCUCUCGUAACACUGUGGCCAUUGUCUUAAAACUCUAUGACUUUAUAUCCCACCGUUAUGUCUAUGUUGCCACCACUCAUUUGUAUUGGUCACCGCAAUUUAAUGAUGUCAAAGUACUUCAGACCAAGAUCUUACUCAACAUUCUUGAAGAGUUUAUCGAUGUACCUGAUCCUCACAUUAUCUUGAUGGGUGACCUUAAUUCCAACUACCAGUCGACAGUGUUCAAGUUGCUUGAUUCCGAUGGAGCAGACUAUCACAGCAUCAAUCUCAGUGACUAUCCUGAAUUUGAUGGUCUAGACUACGGCAGAGGUAACAGUCUUGUAACUGAAACUAACCAUAUCCACAAUCAAUUCCAUCUCUACAAUAUCUUUGAAGAGAUGCUGAGGGAAAAAAAGAUGUCCUUUACCAGUUUUACUCGGAGCCUUACCGAUGUCUUGGACCAUAUGUUCAUCAAUAAGGACAAGUUUAAGAUCAUGCGAGUUCUAAGUGGUGUCGACACCAAUUAUUGUCUGGACGAAAAGGUUCUCGGAUUCCCUAAUAAACAAUUCCCUUCGGAUCAUAUCCCGUUGGUGGCUGAGUUGUGUUAUAUUUAG